AUGGGAAAAACUUUAGUAACGGUUGAACUGAUUCGACGCCGUGCCGAGCACAACGAGGGCGACAUCCAAUCCCUCGAAGAGAUCUCUCUCCAUCAGGAAAAACUCGAAAGGAUUGAGCUGCUGGACCGAGUCUGUCGAAACUUGAAGAUUUUGCUCAUGCAGAAUAAUUCAAUUUCAAAGAUUGAAAAUGUGAGCCGUUUGAAGAACUUGGAGUACUUAAACCUCGCCUUGAACAUGGUCGAGAAGAUUGAGAACCUGGAAGGUUGCGAAUCUUUGAAAAAGUUGGACCUCACGCUAAACUUUGUUGGAGAUAUUAGUUCAGUUGUGAAUCUCAGUCCGAAUUAUUACUUGGAGCAGUUAUACAUGGUUGGCAAUCCAUGCCAUGAUUUUCCAGGCUACCGAGCCUACAUUAUCACCGUGCUCCCUCAGUUGAAACAAUUGGAUGGGGUAGAGAUUACAAAAUCGGAAAGAUUUCUGGCACGCCAGACCUUCCAAGAGACCGAGGCAACAAUUCUCCUUCAUCAAGACGCCUACUUGAGAGAACGAGACCAGGGCAAGCUUCCCUCGGGGAAUGACGAGUCUAAAAAUAAUAACGAAUCCACCCCGACCAACCCGAAGAUGACCAAAGUUUCAUCCGAGAAAGUGACCAAGAUUAGUGUCGUUGAGGAUGAAGAAGACAUCGACGACGACGAAACAUUCUGGUCACAAAUGACUGAAAACACUCCAGAAGCUCGUAGCGCGAUGAAUCAACGCUUGGAGAAGCAAGACGCAGAGAAAGCAGCGAGUAAAAAAUCGCCUCUUGCAAAACCAAAGUUUCCUCGAAGGUUGGAAACUGACGAUGGGCGUCCGUUGAAUAUUAAUGAACCAAAAUUGUCAUUCAUUUUGCACGAUGAAGUUGAGAGGAAUCAAAUCGUACUGGAUUUGGCAGUUCCCAGAUUUCUCUGUAUUACACUCAUCGAUGCGGACGUGCAACCAACUUAUGUUCGUGUCACGGUGAAAGGCAAGAUUUUCCAGCUUGUUCUUCCCGAAGAAGUGCGGCCAGAUUCUAGUUAUGCGCAAAGAUCUCAGACUACGGGACAUUUGAUUGUCACGAUGCCAAAAGUUCACGAGCACAGCACGCUAGUCUGGAGGGGUGGAAGUGGUCCACUAAUCGAGUUGGGGAAAGGUGGCAAUAAAAAGUUGUCAGUUGUCGCCUCCUCUCAAAAAAUUGUGGACACAACUCCUGCCCCGUUAGAUGGAAAUCGUGACAUCAAAGUGGUCAAGCAGGUCCCUUCCAAGCCUCAAAAAGUGGGAUCAGUCGGGAAAGCCUCGCCAAGAGGUAGUGACGCCUUCUCAGUUCCCGUCCUUUCCCCAACCGCCGCCACUCCGCCUCCAAAUAUGACGAGCCCCAAGACGGGCAAGAAAAAGAGUGGAAACAAGACGGUGAAAGCCAAGGGGAAUAACGACUUGAGCAAGAAUUAUCCGUCGCGCUGGAAUGUGGAUGAUGUUCCUGCCUUGAUGUGACCAUGUGCAGAUUGGGGAUCUUUCAUUACGACGGCUAAUUAAGAAUCAAUAAUUGUUAAUUUGAUUCUUCCCAAAAUUAGCAAUUCUGCAGCAAGUUAGCAUGAAGCGAAUUAAAAUCAUGUUUACAGGUAAUUCUUCGUUAUAAUAAAUCUUUGGUAUUUCUGGUGCUCAUUUCAUAAUUUGAAAGGGAAAGAAAAUCAACAAGUUGUAGUUGUGCACGUUUCUUAAUGAGCAUUC